AUGGAGAACACAUCAGCGGACCACCAACUACCCAACACGACAUCUUCUUAUGCCUGGAUGGAAAGAUUAUUUGAAACCGGCAACUACUCUGACCUCAUAUUGACCUCUAACGGCAAAGACUAUCCCGCGCACCGCGCCAUUGUUUGCUCACAAUCUUCGGUUAUACAUAAAAAGUGCGAGUUUCAGGACACCAACCAAGGUUCCUCAUGUGAUACCUGUGGAGCCGCACUAAAGUACCGCUUCGAUUUCCUAGAUGACAACCCCCAGUCUGUAGACUGUCUCAUUCAGUAUUUCUAUCACCGAGACUACCAGAGUGCUCGUGAUGGUCAUAAAGGCGAACAAAGAGACAGAACUAGCAACGGAAACUCGGAAGAGAUACAAGACUCAGAUGACUACGUCGACGAUUCUUAUCCGGUCUUUCACGUCAGAAUGUAUGCACUUGCCGAGAAGUACGACGUAUCAGCUCUUAAGAACCUUGCAAUCGAUAAGUUCAACCAAGUGGUGCAACCAAGCGUAUUAUCAGAUGAAUUCUUACACGGUGUAGAGGAGGCAUAUGUAUCAACAAUACCAGAGGACAGAGGGAUGCGCGACGCUAUUGUCAAGCAUUUCCAUACUCAUCCAAAACUGCUGGAAGGCGAGCGCACGCAGGAGACCUUUCGGCGCAUACAUUCAUUACCAUACGACCUACUUAUGUUUUGGCACAAGGAACACACUAGUCAACGACCACCUGCUGUUAGCUGGGAUAGUUUCUGA